AUGCGGCUCCUUCAUACCACAAACCUCGAGCUCGUAUCCUUCAUUGGAAAAUCAGUGCAAGAGCGGCCUCGCUAUGCCAUCCUCUCUCACACAUGGAAGGGUGAUGAAUUCCUCUUUGAAGAAGCUCGAAAUGGCAUCCAUCAGCAUUUGCAGAAUCCCAGGAGAGGCCUGCAAAAAAUCCUCAAUGCCUGCCACAAAGCGAAGCAGAACGACUUAGACUACAUCUGGGUCGAUACCUGCUGUAUCGACAAAUCCAGCAGCGCAGAGCUGUCCGAGGCUAUCAACUCUAUGUUUAAGUGGUACAAAGAGUCGGUGAUUUGUUACGUAUUUAUGGAUGAUGUUACGCUACAAGAUGGAGCCAUGCGAAACUUCGACAGCAGUCGCUGGUUUACUCGCGGCUGGACCUUGCAGGAACUCAUCGCCCCCCAUGGACUCUUCUUUUUCGACCGUGAGUGGAACUACAUGUGUAGUAGGGAUCAAAUCUCUUCUAGGCUUGAGGAGAUCACUGGAAUCACUCCAGGCAUCUUACAGAGGCUACACAUCUUCCCCCCUAGCCACGCUGCUCAUACUCGAAUCGCUAAAGUGUGGUGCCAGGGAUGCCGCGACGGGGAUGACGUCGAGACUCAACUGGCGGAGGAGCCCAUCUCGAGAAAAAUGAGAUGGGCAGCUAACCGAAGCACAACCCGCCCCGAAGACACAUCAUACUGUUUACUGGGUUUGUUCGACAUCAACAUGCCUCUCCUCUAUGGCGAAGGUGAAAACGCCUUCGGUCGACUUCAAGAGGAGAUCUUGAAAAAAAGUCCUGACCAAUCCAUCUUGACUUGGACAGAGCACAGUGGAGAAAGAUUUCAUAAGCCAUAUCUCGCCAAGAUGCCGUCUGAAUUCCAGUUUGCAGUCCGGCGACCAGAAAAGACCCUCAUUGAACGAGGCGAUAUCAUCGCCACACCCAGGGGCUUAGAAAUCGACGUCCUGCUCGGGCCCUGCACUAUUCGCAACAAGCAAGGUUCGGGUGUCACAUUGGGACGAGAACAGUUUAUGGCCAUUCUCAGCUGUGCUAUCGCUACGGAUCCUCUUCCCCGGGUUGCUAUUUUCGUGGAGCCUCUCAAUCCCGGGGCUCCGGAUACAGCAUACACGAGAGUCCACAAUUACCUUCUGAUCCAGUUGGACCCUGCAGUUGAACCGUUGAUAUUAGCAAAACACGAACUUGGAUUUGAAGAAUAUAAGGACGUAACGGUUGAUUAUGAUCCUGGAAAGUUAUCACCCAGCCGUAUUCUUCUUGCCGCCAUUCGGCCUAUGAGAGAUCGUUUCAAGCAACGCCCAGGGGUGUAUAUCGUGGCCCCAGGAAUUGAAAGGGUCAAGAUAAACGUAAUACAGUGGACGCCGACCGACAACGCCAUGAUUUCAUACCAGCAGCCCAUCUCUCAAGGAGGAGGCGUCGGCCACCUAAGCGUUGGCGGGGCCUGGUAUGUAGGAAAUGGCGAUUCUGGUUUCUUUGUCUUAUGGGGUGUUACCAUGUUCCCGGAUGAUAGGGAUUUUGUAACUUGGGCUGAGACUCGGGAGUCGUUCCUAGAGGGAAGCCAUUCUGAGACUACAUGUCCAAGCAGUCUGGAGUGGUACACCUUUGGCGAAGCUCUUCAGCAAUAUAUGAGAAUUCACAGAGGGUUUCUAUCACCAUAUAUUUCAGAGCCUGGUUUCAAGGUCAGGGUCAAUGUUACGACAAUCGAAUUUCUGGGGAGGAAGACACACAGGGUCAUUCUUGAUAUUGAUGGAUGGGAGGGUCGUCCGGUGUCUAUUGUGGACUGCAUGCAACUGGUAGCUCAUGACUGGACCUGA